AUGUCAACUUUGAUCAAGAGUGAAGAGAGUCCAGGGAGACGUCGCAUGUGCACAGCGGAUGCUGGAGCUCCCGGUGGUAGGUCUGUCAAACGACGAAGAAGAGAUCAGCAGACAGCUGCAGCUGAUGCCUUUCCACUCGCCUGUCCGGGCCAGCAGAUGCAGCAACAACAGUUGGAGCAAGUUGUCGACCUAUCUUCCGCUCCAACCACUGUGAAAAGGAGUUCGAGGUUUCGAGGUGUGAGCAGGCAUAGAUGGACAGGUCGAUUUGAGGCACACUUGUGGGACAAACUUUCUUGGAAUAUCGCGCAGAAAAAGAAAGGAAAACAAGGAGCUUAUGAUGAUGAAGAAGCUGCAGCAAGAGCAUAUGAUUUGGCUGCAAUCAAGUACUGGGGAACUUCGACUUUUACUAAUUUUCCGAUCACUGAUUAUGAGAAAGAAAUUGAAACAAUGCAGACAGUAACAAAAGAAGAAUACCUAGCCUCACUUAGAAGGAAAAGCAGUGGCUUUUCAAGGGGGGUAUCCAAGUACAGAGGUGUUGCAAGGCACCACCACAACGGAAGAUGGGAAGCCAGGAUAGGCAGAGUUUUUGGGAAUAAAUACCUCUAUCUAGGAACUUACAGUACCCAAGAAGAGGCAGCUCGAGCAUAUGAUAUUGCAGCAAUCGAAUACAGAGGGAUCAAUGCCGUGACCAAUUUUGACCUCAGCACUUAUAUCAGAUGGUUGAAGCCAGGAGUAAACCCUGCAGCUUCUGCUCAAGAAUCAGAGCCAAUCAUACAUCCACAGACUCCACCGUCCCAUGACUUCCGUGCAGGAGAGACCAACCAAUCCUUUAUCUUCCAAAGGUCAUUCAGCACAGGGGACCUUAAUAAGGAAGAAAUAUGUGAACGACAACUACCAGUUUAUUCAUGCAAUAAAUCUUCUUCCCCAACAGCACUUGGCCUCCUACUCCGAUCUUCAAUUUUUCGCGAACUGGUCGCGAAGAAUUCAAUUGUCUCAGACGAAGAAAAUGACAGCGAGAGUGGAAAAGUUCAGCCGCAGGUAGUUAAUGAUGAAUACUUGGCUGAGAUGUUUGAGGACGGAAAUGGAGCUACCCCAUUUGGUGUAACUUCAGAGAGUUACGGCAUUGACUUGGAGGAACCAUUCCGUUUCAACUAUGACUGUCUGGAGAAUCCACUACAAACAAGAUUAUGA